AUGUCAAUCAAGUGUGCUCUUGACUGCGACCCAGGCCAUGAUGAUCUUGCAAUGAUCAUGCUUGCUGUCUAUAGCCCAAAGCUUGACGUUCAGUACAUUUCUACAACACACGGAAAUCAAACAGUCAACAAAACAUAUCAAAAUGCACGCAGAACACUCAAUUUGAUCAAGCGUGCCGACAAGAUUCCAGUUUACAGAGGCUAUUCUAAGCCACUCACUCGUGAAUCAGUCGCUUGCCCAGAGAUUCACGGAGAAUCAGGUCUUGGCGGCGUUGAUUGGUCAGAAAUCGACAGAACAAUGCCAAGAAACCCAGCUUUAGACAUCCUUGGAUACAAAGACGAGUCUGAACUCCGUCCAGAUGACUUCUUCAAGCAUCUUCACAGAUUAGUUUCAGCCGCCGAAGAUAAGUUCGAUAUUAUCUCAACAGGAUCCGAAACUAACAUCGCACAGUAUCUUCUCGCCUAUCCAGAAGAUGCUAAGAAGAUCAGAAUGACUACAAUGGCUGGCAACUUUAUGAUUGUCGGAAAUAUCAUGCCAUUUGCCGAAUUCAACGUACUCAUCGAUCCAGAAGCUAUUUCUAACAUCCUCCAGUCAGGAGUCGACUACACUUUCGCUGCUCCAUUAGAUAUCACUCAUACAGUCCUUGUUACAGAGAAAGUCAUCAACGACAUCAAAGCCGCUACAGAACCAUACUCUCCUAAGUUCACAGAAAUGAUCAUUAAACUUCUCUUCUUCUUCAAAGAUACGUAUCGCGACGUUUUCGGCUUCAUCGACCCACCAUUACACGAUCCAGUUGCUGCAUUCCAUCUUAUUGCACCAGAAUGGUUCGAACAUGUUCGCUGCCAUGUCGAUAUCGAGACAAAAGGUGAAUAUACUUACGGAUGCUGCUGCACAAACCUUAUCUUGAAGAAGAAGGAUCCAACAAAGAUUGUCAAGCCAGACAACGCUACAGUCUGCCUCAAACUUAAGGAAGGAGGCCACGAUGCUUUCUGGAACCAAAUGAUCACUGUUUGGGGAGAGAUUGCAAAAGAAAUCGGUAAGUAA